UGUUUUUGCACCCCCCCACCAAACCCCACCAAAAGGCGUACCUGAAUUAUACAAAUGCGUUCUACUUGACUUGUGAUAGUCGCCACGAGGAGGAAGCAAUUAGGCUUAUCAGACCCCUCGGGCACAAGGCUAGUCGGUUCAAUUGAAGAGGAACCAAGGCUCCAGUCCCGGCAGCAUCAGCAGCAACAGCAUCGAUGACGCACCCUCGUUGUGGAGCUCAACCGUUAAGGUUGUUUACUUGUUUUCUGAGACUCGACGGCUGUUUAUCUGCUUUUUUUUUUAUUUUUUUUUUCCCUCCUAUCCUUUGUGCCUGCUCACACUCAAUCUCGCCUUUCGUCGUCAUCCUCCUCCUCAUCCAUCCCUCCUUUCCUCAUCCACUCGACCUCCACGUCCCCCUCACAGAGCCGGUCCCACACAUGCGCAUAUCUCACCAAUUCGGCUUUAUCCUGGUCGCAAGCGUUUGUUCGCUCUUCCUCGAUACUGCACCCGUCCUUGCCGCCCCAGAUCCUAUCAUCCAGACCUGCUAUAACAUCGGAUGCAGCUCCGUCGUCUCUCUCCUCGAGCCCUGUGGUGGAGGUGCAACCAAUUCCUCGCUGCAACAGGAUUUCAUUUACACUCCUACACAGUCCCUUGGCGGGUGUGAGUGCAACUCGCAAUUCUACGGCAACUUUUCGUCCUGCCUUGCCUGCAUCAAUUCACAGGGCAUCAACAGCCCGGAGAUCCAGAACGAGCAGGACUGGGUUGGGGAGUGCCAGGGCUUCGGUUUCAACUACACAAUCUCGCCCGCUAUCAUUCCGACGAAUGGCGGAAAUGGUACCAAUGGAGGAAGCGGUGGGUUAAGUAAAGGGGCCAUUGCCGGCAUUGUCAUUGGUGCCCUGGCUCUCUUAGCCCUGGUUGGCGCUAGUAUCUUUAUCCUGUGUCGCAGGAGAAAGCAGCAGAAGAAGGACCAGGACUUUGGAGGUACGAGUGCCGGUGCUGCGACGGGCGCUGCUGCUGCUGCUGCUACAUCCGUAUCCCCGUAUAACAACACGGACUACCCUGCCAGUUACGACCAUCAUGACGAAUACUACGUUAAUCAGCAUGCUGCUUACGAGGAUCCAUCCGCACAACAGUACCAGAGUCAGCAUUAUGGCGACUUCCCUGGACAGCAGCAGUACCAUCCAAACGACUACCAGAACGACGACUACUAUGGCAUGGACGGCCACAAUGAUGCCAUGAUGAUGCAGAAUCUGGACAACAACGGUGCCUAUGUGCCUCCCCCACCCCAUCCACCUGCGACUCAGAUUCCCACGACAGCUGCGGCUGCGGCUACAGGGGCAGCGGCAGGCUAUGCUAUUGCAGCUCCCCGUCCAUCGGACCAGUUCCCACAGAGCCUUCGAAGCAAACCUAAGGGCUGGGACAGGGACACAGAGCCCGUCUCGGGUUUAGUCUCUACAGACCCCACUAUGUACAACGACAAGAUGGAGUUUGAAGACGGCGAGAAUCUGGAGCCACCACAUUCAAGGAACGACCGGGAAGAAUUUGCUGGUCGCCGCUCAAUGACACCACCCCGGGCCAACAUGCAGUCGUAUCGCGAUGAGUUCAAUCGACCAAGUUUUGAGCGUGAGCCUCGGCGCAGUGGGUCUGACCGUGGAUCGGUAUCGCGCCUGAAUCUGGCGCGCGCCAGCAUGGAUAAUGCGAACACCUACGGAGACUAUGGCCAACAGGCGGACGAACAUCAGUUUAGCCGAGGAGCCCAAGACAGCCCCGAAAGUGCUCACAGACGAGCCCGCGCUGCAGAGCUCUUUUCUGCCGAAGGUCGACGAUAAUGAUCAGUAGUCUCUUUUUAUACAGUCGCCCAUGGUGCUCCAUGUCUCCCCAUCCUUUUUUUUUUUUUUUUUCUCUACUUAAUC